AUGAGUUCGCCCACAGGUGUCACGCUUGCGUUCCUCCUGCAGUUCAUUGACGACUUUGGCGGCCGUGCCGCCUUUCGGGGUCUCACGACCGAAGACGUCUGCUACCUCUACGUCCUUCCGACGACGGAAGCCACCAACGCUUCGUAUCUGGACCUCUACACGCAGACGCACCCCGACAGCGCCGGCCUCAUGACGGCGCCGGCCAACUGGUACCUCGGGCACACGUGGCAGAGCCAGUUUCUCGACGUGGUCGACAGCAUCACAAGCUUUGUGUACACCGUGGGCGAUGUGCGCACGACUUCGGUGUGGUUUUGCCUCUUUGCCAACAACCAGCACGAGAUGCAGUCGUUCUCGUUCGUGCAAUACAUGACGCGGUUCCGGUCGAUUUUGGACGCGACGCGCCAGCUCCUCCUCGUGCUCCCGGACCUCGCGAACCCGAUCUUGCUGCGCCGGUCGUGGUGCCUCUUCGAAAUCUUCAUCGCCCACUGCACUGGGAGCGCGAUCGAGAUCGCAUCAAUGGCGACGGCCGACCUGACGUUUGGCACCGACCCGACCGCGCUCUUGCCGUGUCUCCACGCAGUCUGCACGGAAGAGAGCGAAGCGUCGACCGAGCAAGACGAAGCGCUCAUUCUGCAAAUCAUCGACGCACAACUCGGCUGCGAUGCGAUGGACCAGCUCGUGCUGCGGAUCCUAACCACGUGGUUUGCGAACCUUGCGCACACCAAGUUUGCGCCCAUGCAGCGCCCUGCGACACAAGGAAUGUCGCCCCCGUGCAUCUCGUCCUUGGCCAAUUGA